UAUUAUUUUAUAUAUUACUUUAUACUGCAUUGAUCGUGUUUUGAAGGGUUAUACGACAAACAAAGCAUGUGUCUCAACUAACAGAUUUCUAUCCCGAAUGCUUACGAACUGGAACCAGUGAAAUUGAUUAAAACUUCAAUGACAAGGCUGAAGGAAUGCAAACAUUUUAUAUAUCCUUUUAUCUCUGCUUUGAAGUGCUGUAGACGUAUGACCGGUGUUUAAAAAUGACAAAUAUGUCUGAAGAAGAAGAGAACUACGUCAGAAUGGGUUUGUUGCUGACAGGAAUCUCACCAAGCGCUGUUCGUACAUUAUUUGAUAAACAAUUCCAUCCUCCUGAUUUGAAUUCCAUUUUAGAGAGAGAAUACAAUAAACUGUUAGAACUUAAAUCAAAGAAGAAAAUUAAAGAGUCUCAUUGGAGUCUUCUUUUUCCUGCAUGUGACAAGAAUAGAAUACGAGAAUCAAGAAACUUUGACACCACGUUGAUGAUAACUUUAUUUAGAUAUCUUACUUCUAUUGAAAUAUCGACUGAUGGAAAAUUACCUUCAGCAACCGACACAACCCUUGGUGCUGAUAUAGCCAGGAUUGAAUAUUACAGGAACUAUUUAUCCUAUUUAGAAGAUGUUAAAAUGAACAACGCUGUCUUUAAUGAUGCUUGGGAUGAUACAUGUAAUGCUAUUUAUAGAUUAGGGGGUACGUUGCUUCACAGAGAAUGUGACUUUUUAAAAAGUAAAAUCCUGGAUCAAACUAAUCAGCAAAUUAUAGUGGAGAUGAAGCAGUCCAUUAAUGAGAUACAAGAAAUAAGACACAAAGCAGACAAGUUACAACUAGCAUAUGACUCCUUGCAAACCCAGACAGAUUCCCUACAUGAUGAACAUGAAUCUUUGAAAGAAAUCCACGGAAACUUAAGGAAAGAUUAUAAAACUGUGAGUCAGGACGUCUUGCGUUUAAACAAGGCUUUUGAAGAUGCAGUGCCUUGGAAUAGAAGAGUACAUAUGAAAAAUAGAAUAAAAGCGUGGAAGAAAGGUGAUGAGAUGCAUAUUGAAACUCGGGCUGAUAGACAUAUUUUUGAACUUAUUGCCAAAAAAAGCUGUGUUACAGUUAUUGCAAGUUCUGGUGUUGGAAAAACAUCUGCCAUCAGACAUAUAGCGUUACUUAUGGCAGAAAAAGAUUAUGAUAUUCUUCCUGUCUCAGAUCCGUAUGAUAUAAUAAACUUCUACAACAAAAAUAGAAAGUCAUUAUUUGUAAUUGACGAUAUUUGUGGAACAUUUUCCUUAGACAUUGAACAGUUGGAAAGAUGGGGUCUGAUAUUAACAGACAUUAAAAGCCUUUUAGAGGAAGGAAACUGUAAGAUAAUCGCAGCAUGUAGACUCCAGAUUUUUAAUGACGCUAAAUUCGAAGAAAUGUCUAUUUUUAAGUUAAACGGUUGUAACUUGAUGUCCGAUGAAACCAUGUUGACAAGAAAGGAAAAACAAGAUAUAGCAGAACUUUAUUUGAAAGCAGAUGCCUCAAAAAUAUGCGAUUUGCAUGACGAAUUUGUUUUUUUCCCUCUUCUUUGUCGCUUAUAUCACGAUAAUGCAUCAACAAACAUUGUAGAUUUUUUCAAGAAUCCUUUUCAGGUAUACGAAUCGGAACUAGACAGAAUGUUCUUAAAUGGUAAUUACACAAAAUAUUGUGCUCUGGCACUCUGUGUUAUGUUUAAUAAUCGAUUACCUCAAUUUUAUUUCAACAGUGAUGUGGAUAAAAAGAUAAAACAUAUUUUUAAGAAUACAUUCGAGGAAUGUAAACUUAGCAGGGGCACACCAAUAUUGUUUGUCAAAGACGAGUUAGAUUCACUUAUAAAUACAUUUGUUAAAAAAGACGAAACUUUUUAUCGUAUUUUGCAUGAUAAAUUAUUUGAUUUCCUUGCAUGCUAUUUUGGGAAAAGAAUGAUAAAAUGUUUGAUAACAAAUGCAGACGCGUAUUUUAUUGCAAAACGAUUUGUAUUUGGAGUUCAAGACUAUAAAGACGAAUUUAUUAUUGAAAUUCCGCCUAACUUGUACAUGAGGUAUCAAGAAAGACUAAUUGAUGACUGGACAAAUGGUAGGGUUACAUGUGUAUUUUGUAACAAAAACAUGAAAUCACCGGAUUUUCGAAAUAUGUUUUUAUCAUAUCUACGUGAUUUAGAUCUAACUUUACAGAAAAAAUUAGCACAUACAUAUAAUACAGGCUAUUUUGCUACUGUUUUGAUGAACUGUUGCAACACCGGAGACAUUAACUUUGUGAAUUGGUGCAUUAGUCAAAACACAGAUGUUAAUGAGUGUAGUAAAGAUGGCAUAUCUCCUCUAUCUAUUUCUUGUUCUAAUGGUAGUACUGAAAUAUUAAGAUUAUUGUUAGCUCUUAAUGCGGAUAUUGAUACUUCUGAGCAACAAUAUGGCACAUCAGGUUUAUUUAUUGCAUGUUUGAAUGGUCAUACAGAAAUUGUAAAAAUACUUUCAGAUAAUAACGUAGACGUAAAUAAAUGUAACAAAACUGGAACAACCCCACUUUUCAUGGCUUGUCAAAUGGGGUUUACUGAAAUUGUCCAAAUUUUAAUCGAACAAAAUAUAGAUAUAGAUAAAUGUAGAGAAGAUGGCACGUCAGCCUUGUUUAUCGCCUGUGAAAGAGGAUAUGUUGAAAUUGUUAAGCUGUUGCUUGACAAAAAUGCUGAUAUAAACAAUUAUCGAAGUAUUGACAGUCAAACUGUGCUAUACAAAUCUGUUAUUAAAGGGCAUGUCGAAAUUGUGGAAUUAUUAGUGAAUAAAAAAGCAGAUAUUAAUACAUGCUUGAACGAUAACACUUCCCUUGUUCUUGCUGCGUGUCAGCAUGGGUGUGAAAAAAUCAUCAAGAUUUUGAUUGACCAUCAAGUAGAUAUAAACAAAUGCAAUGAUGCGCAUAUAUCUCCUCUAUAUUUAUCAUGUCAGAACGGGUUUGAAAACAUCGUAAAGAUUUUGAUAGAUCAUCAAGCAGAUAUAAACAAAUGCAUUAAUCGGAAUAUAUCACCUCUAUAUGUAUCAUGUGAGAACGGAUACGAAAGCAUAGUCAAUAAACUUCUUGCUAGCAAAUCGGAUGUUAACAUAUGCACACAGAUUGGUGAAUCACCUUUGCUAGUUGCUAGCAGAAUGGGCCACUCCAGGAUUGUAGAUAUACUGCUGAAUAACAAGGCGAAUGUAAACAAAUGUAUGAAUACUGGUUCUUCGCCACUUUUUAUGGCUUGUCAGGAAGGAAAGUUUGAAGUAGUGAAACUUCUAUUGGACAACGAAGCCAACAUUCACAAGCAAAACAAUAUCGGAUCUUCUCCUUUUGUUGUAGCUUGUGCACAAGGACACACAGAUAUAGUUUAUUGUUUGCUUAAAAACAAUGCAGAUAUAGACCAGUGUAUGCAUGAUGGCACAUCUCCUCUUUUUAUGGCUUCACAGGAAGGACAUUUUGAUAUUGUAAAACUUUUACUUGAAAAACGAGUAAAUCUCCAUAAAUGUAGAGAUGAUGGACAGUCUCCUCUUUUUAUAGCAUGCCAGCAUGGGAACGCGGAAAUAGUGAAUAUCUUAUUAGAUAAAAGGGCAGACGUUAACAAAUGUCAGAGCAAUGGUGAUUCACCACUUUAUACAGCUUGUAAAUUUUGCCAAGAAGACAUUGUGGUUUCAUUACUUCAGCAUAAUGCUGAUAUAAAUCUACCUAACAAGAUAGGCGGUUCACCUCUUUUUAUAGCCUGCCAAAAAGGGUACAUAGGUGUCGUUACCAUAUUGCUUCUGUACAAUGCAGACACUGAAGUGUACACGAAUGUGGGGGCAUCGCCACUUUUAAUUGCUAGCUCGAAAGGGCAUACGAAUAUAGUUAAAAUGUUACUUGAAGUCAAGGCAGAUACAAAUAAAUGCGCAGGCGAAGGAAUUUCACCUCUAUUUAUAGCAUGUAAAGAGGGUCAUGAAGACACAGUGAAACUCUUAGCAGAAAGUAAUGCAGACAUAAACAUGGCUUCUCAAUACGGUAUGACGCCUUUAUAUCUAUCCUGUCAAAAUGGGGAUUUAAAUAUAGUUAAAUUAUUAUUGAAUAAACAUGCUAACGUUAACAUCGCCACGUUUAACGGCUCAACACCACUAUUUGCAUCAAGCAGAGAAGGUCACUUAGAAGUUGUGGAAGAAUUGUUAAAAAAAGGAGCGGAGAUGAACAGUAACAUUUAUGGAAUUUCGCCUUUAGAGAUCGCUCUUUAUAAAGGACAUUCGGAUGUAUUGCACUUGCUUGAAAAACACGUGAUAAUUAUUCAUAACCAGGACAUCAAUAAAAUUACCAAUACUGGUUAUUUUCCUCUUUAUUUAGCAUGUGGAAACGACGAUAUAGAAAGUGUGCAAAUGUUACUCAACAAAAAGGCAGAUGUUAACCUGUGCACCUGUGAUGGCACAACGGCUUUACAUGCAGCAUGUUAUAAUGGUAACAUUGAAAUAGUUGAGGAAUUAUUGAGGAAAGGGGCUGAUUUGAAAGACAAUAAUGAUGGUAUCUCCCCAUUAGAUAUUGUGCGAGGUAAAGGUUAUAACGAUAUUCUGCAUUUAAUCAGUAGGUACAUUACUAUCCUUUAUGAAAGAAUGGUGUAACACAUAGCUGAUAUCAUAUGUACUUUAACUGUUUAUUUGAUUUCGAUACCAAAGUUUUAUAGUUUGUGCACAAGCUAAGAAACUGAUAUAAUUGAUAGCAUAAAUUAAAGAAAUGAUGACAUUAUAUGUAGGCCUGAUCAUGUUUUAUCAUGUUAUAGGAAAGCCUUCUGUCAAAGAAUUUAAUAUUAAAAGUAAAACAAGU